GCGCUAAGGGGGUGCUGUGGAUGGCCCUGCGCACUGGGACGGCUUGGUUUGGGCAAGUCCUGCGUAGAGUUUCCCGGCUGCAGGGCACCUGGUCCAGGCGCUCCAGCAGCCUCCUGUGCCUGUCGUCCUCCCAGGAGCCCGAGCAGGGAGGCGGGGAGCAGCCGCCCCGGAGCCUUGGGAGCAGCCGCCGCCGCCCCCUGCAGCUGCCCCCCUGCUGCCUGCAGCUCCCCCCGGCCAGCUGCCGCUGCUGCACCCUGUCGGAUCCCCGGACGGCCAGGGGGGGACAUGGUCCCCGCACUCGCCCCUUGCUGGCGGCCAUGAAGAGGCAGAACGUGCGGACCCUGUCCCUGAUCAUCUGCACGUUCACCUACCUGCUGGUCGGGGCCGCCGUCUUUGAUGCCCUGGAGUCCGACAACGAGAUGCGGGAGGAGGAGAAGCUCAAAGCCGAGGAGAUCCGGCUCAAAGGGAAGUACAACAUCACCAGCGAGGACUACCGGCAGCUGGAGCUGGUCAUCAUGCAGUCCGAGCCCCACCGGGCCGGGGUCCAGUGGAAAUUCGCGGGCUCCUUCUACUUUGCCAUCACAGUCAUCACGACUAUCGGUUAUGGACAUGCCGCCCCAGGGACGGAUGCCGGGAAAGCCUUUUGUAUGUUCUACGCUGUCCUGGGGAUCCCACUGACGCUGGUCAUGUUCCAGAGCCUGGGCGAGCGCAUGAACACCUUUGUCAAGUACCUCCUGAAACGGAUCAAAAAGUGCUGCGGGAUGAGGAGCACUGAUGUCUCCAUGGAAAACAUGGUCACUGUGGGUUUCUUCUCCUGCAUGGGAACCCUCUGCAUUGGAGCAGCAGCCUUUUCCCAAUAUGAGGACUGGAGCUUUUUCCAUGCUUACUAUUACUGCUUUAUAACAUUGACUACGAUAGGGUUUGGCGACUAUGUGGCCCUGCAGACCAAAGGGGCCCUCCAAAAGAAGCCACUCUAUGUGGCUUUUAGCUUUAUGUACAUUCUAGUGGGGUUGACAGUCAUUGGGGCAUUUCUAAAUCUGGUUGUUCUCAGGUUCUUAACCAUGAACAGUGAGGACGAGAGACGGGAUGCCGAGGAGCGGGCAUCCCUGGCAGGGAACCGCAACAGCAUGAUUAUUCACAUUCAAGAGGACGCCCAGCAUGUUCGGCCACGGUACAAGGCCGAAGUAACAGACCUUCAGUCAGUUUGUUCCUGCAUGUGUUACAGGUCCCAUGAGUACACCAGCCGGAUGGUGUCUCACCAAAAUUCGUUCAGCUCCAAGCUGAAUCCUCAGUACUUUCACUCCAUCUCUUACAAGAUAGAAGAGAUCUCACCAAGCACAUUAAAAAACAGCCUUUUCCCAUCUCCUGUUAGCUCCAUCUCACCUGGGUUGCACAGCUUUACAGAUAACCACAGGCUGAUGAAAAGGCGAAAGUCCAUUUAAAGUGAUUUGUCUUCUUUUGCUUUACUUGUUUUCCCCAAUUACCUUUUUUGUUUCUUGAGUGAGACGGAGCGAGGCCAAAGGGAAUAGAAAAAGCCAGUCCUCCUCUGAGACUCAGCUCUUGAGCAUGAAGCAUGGAUUAAUUCUGUUCCAGCAAAGUAUGCCUUACAUUACCCCCUCGGUGGAUUUCAGAGGAUUCGAGGUGACAUGAAGUGGGUACCAAAUCCAAAGUUGCACACAAAGCUGGGAGCCUUCAUGUGCCACUGGCACUCCUGACCUAAUAAACUAUUUUCCUCUCAAGCAGGUCGCUGUGUGCGUGUGCGCGUGUGUGUUGAGUGUGUGUGUGUGCAAUUCCACAACUAGUGCCAUGUGACAAAAAUGCAUCAGGUAUUAAUUUUUUUUCCCUUGAAGCAAUUGUGUUCCAGCCUGCUUUUAACUUUUAGACUGCUUCCAAAAGAAUAGGGGACGGGGGAGCCAAUUUGUUUUGUUUUUGCCAAGUCAAGCAUGUGUCAUAAGCAGUCAAUAUAUCAGGUGUAUCAUGAUCAAUUUUUGAAUGCUAGAUUUUAGAUUGUAUUAACAUUAAAAAAAAAGGGGGCAGGAAAAGAUGGAUCAUUUUAGCUUGCCAGUUCAAAAUUAAAAAUAAAAUAAAAUAAAAAUAAAGCAUGCACUUUGUAAAACUGGUAUGCAUUAUAAAAAAAACACAAGAAAAACUAGCAAUGGAAUUAAUAAUCAAAAGCAAAUAAUAUAAUUGAUUUAACUACAUUUACUUUCACCAUGUGCUACCGUUCCAACAAUUUGUUGUGCAAGUACAUUUUUUAAGAGAAAUUGGGGAAAUUGUUGGAACUAUAGAGGUUUUUUUUGUUACUUUGCUCUUAUUUAUAAAAAUUAUUAUUAUUAUUAUUAUGAAGGCUAUUAUUUUAUUAAUUUUUUGUGCAGCAACUACCUGCAUGAAUAGGAAUUAUAUUUUUUGGAAUGCUUGGAUGAGGAUGGGUAUAAAUAGGCGGAUGUAUAUUUUUUUUCUUAUAUAAUAGUGACAAGGCAUUCCUUGUUUUAAAUAAAUAAAAAAAUAAUGAUGAUGAUUGUCUCCAAAUGCUUUUGAUUUGUAAAUAGUGGAAAGCCUUUGUUGGUCUCAGGAAGAAUUCAAGGAACAGUAUCUUGAUCGUUUUUGGCCUACUGGGAACUUGCAGUAGUAGAUCUGGUCUUGCUUUUUGGCUAGUCUGAAAGGCAGAAGUAUGUGCCUGUAUGUGGCAAGAACAGUUGCACUCCGGUGUUUUGAAGGGUUAUACCGGGAGCAAAUUGCAUUAGCCAGAUGGAGUGAAGGCUGAUGAUGUCACUAAGUGAAAUUUUUCCUUUGGGAUCAUUCGUCACCCAACUAAUGAUUUGAACCAAACUGACUUUACAGAACCAAAUUCUAGGUCCUGGUCCAACUCCCACUGAUGCUAGUGGAAGUUUGUAAUGAUGAAUGCAAACAGGAUAUGGUCCAUUGGGAGUUUUGUCUUUGUGUUCAAUGGAGGCAGGAUCGGGACCCAUAUCAGGGUACAGUGAUGUGUCUGAAUUAAUAAUCCUACCUUUUAAAAUGCCUUCAGGGUUAAUUCAAUGUACAAAAAAGGAUUAUCUAUCUAUCUGGCACAAAUCAUCUCUGUUGCUGAUUACACUAGCAUAUACUUUCUAUAUAAAAGCAAUAAUCCCCCAUAUAUAGUUCUAAGUGUAUCUGGAUAAUAUGUUUUCUCAAAUUCAUGCAAACCUCCAUUUCAGAUCUGACCUCAACAGCUGUGUGCACUUAUGGGAUGUUGACUGCCUUCCUAUGGUUUAUUUGUCAGGGGCAUUAAUGGGCAGAUGACAGUAAUGACCUCUACUUUCAACUCUCUUCUCCUGGCUUUUAUCAUUCAGUAAAGUCAAAGUCUGUAAUUUCAGUGUGUUAUAACACACAACUAUCCACAGCUUUUGAAAGCUUUCUAUGACUUCCUCUUCUGGGAAUUUCUGCAAAAUCAUGCUGGUAUUGCACACUAAAACCUCCCAUAACAUGCGUGAAAUACUAAACUAGAGUUUUGAGUGACCAUGACACUGAAAUGAACAUUUUAGCCUAAUUUAUGGGAAAUAUGUUUUUAUUUAGUGUUAAUGGGUACUGUGUGUACAUAAUUAACAAGCCUACUAGUGACAUGCUCCAAGUACCCAAUAGACUCUAAGACUUAGGAUGAUGUUAGAAGCUUUGAAACCAGUAGACAUUUGGAAAGCAGUCUUAACAUUCUGUGAUCCACCUCUAUGAUCACCAACUAGACAUCUGUUUCAAGACAUGAGAUCUACUGGUCUUCUGAGACUCACUGUUACAUAUAUUUUUGUUUGUGAUGCUAUUCUAAGAGCCUCCCAAAAGUGAAAAUGAUUGUGGUCCUCUUUUGCUACUAAGGAAUAAUCUGUAUGUACACAACGUGCAUAUCUGGUAUGUAUGUUAGGAAUCCAAGAAAAUCACCAAAAGGUUUGGUUUCACAAAGCUCUGAACGUUCAAAUUCUGCCUGUCCUUGAGGGGAGAAUUUGGCUUGGAGAACUUUUUUCAAAAAACUUGAAAAAGUUUUACAAAUGUUGGAUUUUUUUUUUUAUUAAGGGAGGGAAAAAAAUCUCUCGACAAAUGGAACUAAAUUGUCAAAAGUUCUACAAGGUUUUGAAUUCUAGAAGUUCAAUGUUUGUAAUGUGUUCUAACUGAGAAGUUAUAGAUUCUCCUGUCUGAAGCUAGACAAAUUCAGAUGAGAAAUAAAGUGCACAUUUUUAAUAGUGAGGGGAAUUAACCAUUGGAACAGCUUACCUAAGGAAGUGGUGUGUUCUUCAUCAUUUGAAAUCUUUAUAUCAAGACUGUCUGUCUUUUUAAGAUAUGCUACAGCUCAACCAGAAGUUAUGGUUUUGAUCCAGGAAUUACUGGGUCAAAUUCCUAUGGCCUGUGUUAUGAAAGAGGAUAGACUAGAUAAUUAUAACACUCCUUUUUAACCUUAAAUCUCUGAAUGUAAAGAGAGAAUGUGUGUCUUGGGGGACACCAUUUAGACAGAGGGUAUCUAUGUGCCUUAGGAUAUGGUUUUUCUGCCUGAAAGAUCUGUAAAUCUGUCCAAAAUCUUUCUGGUAUUCUUAUCUUAAAUACGAUCUUCAUGUCUUUGUUUACAUUUUGAAACCAGUCCCUUCUAUAAAAUCUUUAUAAGACCCCUUUUGUACGAGCACUUGUAGUAUAGUUAGCUGAAUCCUCUUGUCUGUGCAUUCAUCCCCCUCUUGAACGCGAUGAAAAUGUCGGCGUGUAUUUUGUGGUACACUCUCUGAUGCUGGGUGACAAGAAAUGCUUUGGGUAGAGAAAACAGGGGACAAUUGAAGGAGGCAGUCCCAGAAUCAAGUAGUAAAUGUAAAGCCGUGGGGAUAUAGCUGCCCCUAUGCCUCUUCCUGUGGGGGAAAGGGAGAUAUGACCGGGGCAUAAACAUGUCCAGGUGAUUUCCUGGUAGCUGGCACCACUUAGAGCAGUCCAUACACUGCUCUAAGUCUGCCUAGGGCCCAGGCCAGUGUAUAUUGGUGUAGAAUAAAGGGAAGUAUGAAGGUAGUUUAAAGCCACCUUGGCACUAUGCCUCCUUGAACUGUGGCAAUUGCUCUUCAAUUGCAGCUCAAACUCUGGGUCUUUUUGUGAACAUAUUUCAGCCCAAGGGUUAUAUUCACACACUAUUUGUUGCACGGCUAUUUUUAAUUCUUCAUGAUUAGUUAUUUAUGGAAACAGAGAGGUAGUAAUUGAUGACCUGAAGAAGGCUGAGGUGUUUAAUGCCUAUUCUGCUUCAGUCUUUGCUAAAAAGGUUAAUGAUGGCCAGAUACUCAGCACAAUGAAUACUGACAAGGAGAAAGGAAUGCAAGCCAAAAUAGGGAACAAACAGGUUACAGAAUAUUUAGAUAAAUUGGAUGUAUUCAAUCCAGCAGGGCCAGAUGGAACUCAUCUGAGAGUACUUAAGGAACUAGCUGAAGCAAGCUCAGAACCAUUA